AUGGGCAAAUAUACUUUUACCUGGGAACACGCCGCCAAUGAUGUCUACGUGACUGGCACCUUCGAUGACUGGAGGAAGACAGUCAAGCUCGAGCUGGAAGAUGGCGUCUUCCAGAAGACGGUCGAGCUGCCCAAGCUUCACACUCAGUACAAGUUCGUCGUGAACGGCAACUGGUGUACCAAUGAGACCGCCCGCACAGAGGACGACGGCCAUGGCAUCAUCAACAAUGUCCUCUACCCCGAGGACAUUGUCGGCGAAGAGCCAGUCAACACCUUGUCGUCUGUCGGACCCGAGUCCACGACCGCUGCGCUUGCCGGUGCUGUGCCCAAGGAGAGCGAUAAGAGCGCCACAGAUAGCUCUGCCCUGCCUGGUGCCUUCCCCGAGACACCUUUCGCAGAGACACCCGGAGGAGAGGCCCAGACCUUCAAUGUCGCUCCCAUUCCUGCUACCUCGACUAAUGGCAACCCCGUUAAGCUUGCGCCUGGCGAGCCCGUUCCCGACCCAAGCACUCUUACCAACAACACCAUAGAGUCGACCGUCAAGCAUGACGAGGAACCUGAGCAAGAGCCUUCUACUUUUGGUGUUGCCCCCAUCCCAGCUACCGCCGGCACUGGAAACCCAAUUCACCUUGCACCUGGCGAACCUGUUCCUGACCCCAGCACUCUCACCUCCAACACCGUCGAGAGCACCGUCAAGACCGACCCCGCUUCCUACGAAAAGGCUGAUGCUCUUCCCCCCCUUGCUUUUACUCCUCAAGCCGAGCGCGAUGCCAAGGGUGGCAUGUUUGGUAUCCCUCCUAUCACUGGCAACAUGAUCCCCGAGUCUAGCCUGCCCAUGGGAGUCGAUGCUAAGGUUGAGCAAGACACUGGCGUGACCAUUCAAUCAGUCGCCCCUACAAGCACAACUGUUGAGCUUGCUGGCCAGGUUCCCAAGGAGCCUCGUGGCGUCCCCGAGACUGUGACUGAGAGCCAACAGCAGGCUCAUGUCGAGCCCGAAGCAUCCGCCAAUGCUGAAGCCGUCCAGGAGAAGAAGGAGGUCGAGCAAGAGCUAAAGGAGACUGUACCUGAGGCACCUGUUACAAGCCAAGAUCCCACUCUGGGUGACCAUGCUCAGGCCGCAGUUGCUACAGCGGCUGCUGGUGCUACCGCUGGCGCAGGCCUCUUUGCCGCGGCUGUCUACACUGCCAAGGACAAGAUUGCCGAGACCACUGGUUUGAACGGACCUAGCACAACCACUGCCGACGAGGUACCUAGCGUCGUUGCUGAGAGCCAAAACACCGCACACGCUGAGCCAGAAGCGGUUGCCAGCCCGGAGGUUGUUGCGGAGAAGUCUGCCGUUGAGCAAGAGCUACUCAGUGAAGUCCCCAAGAUCAACGCAACUGGAGAGCCUGCUCCCGCCAUUGCAGUCCCCGCUGUUGUCUCUGAGAGCCAACAAGCCGCACAUGCCAGUCCUGAGGCAGCCUCAAGCCCUGAAGUGGUUGCGGAGAAGUCUGCCGUUGAGCAGGAGCUGCUCAGUGAGGUCCCCAAGAUCAACGCAACUGGAGAGCCUGCUCCUACUGCCGUCUCCGAGACUAUAUCUCCCGACGUCCCUGAGAUUGUUGCUGAGAGCCAACACGAGGCCCACGCUAGCCCCGAGGCUGCUGCCAACAGCGAAGCUGUCACAGAAAAGGCGGCUGUAGAGUCUGAGCUGCUCAGCAAGCUACCAAAGGCCGAGGAAGCUGGUGAACCUGCGCCUGUAAUUACUGCCGCUACCACGGCCACCGCUCCUGGCGCAAACACCGAGGCGGUCGCUAGUGAUGUGCCUGCUGUUGUAGCUGAAAGCCAGAAGGAGGCCCAUGCCAGCCCCGAGGCUGCUAGCAAUGCUGAGGCAGUUAGUGAGAAGAAGGCUGUCGAGAACGAACUGCUUCAAGAGGUAAAGCCAACUCACGCUAAUGGCGAGCCAACUCCCAGCUCCACAGCCGUGGAUUCCAAGCCACUCGAGUCCUCCACUGAGCCUCAGACUGUCACUGAAACCGAGACUGCCAAGCCAACCGAGUCAAGGCCUAUUGACUCCACCACUGAUGUCGCCUUUGCCCCCAAGGAAGCUACCUCGACUGAACAAACACAGCCCACUGCCGGUGAGGCUUCAGCAGACGCCAAGCCAGAUGCCGAAACAUCUGCACCUUCAGCGCAAUUGGCACCCGAGGCCCCGGCUAAGAGCCCAAGGCAAGACUCCGACGUGUCUCCCAAGGGCACCCCGGGCAGCCAGAGCAUUGUCUCUGCUGCUGACGACAAGAAGAAGAAGCGCCGCUCUUUCUUUGGAAAGCUCAAGGACAAGCUUGCCGGCAAGGACAAGAACUAA